AUGGAGGGAGUUGCUUUGCAUAUUAUAUUUUGGUUUGUUGGGAGAAGAGACAAUGGCAGAAAUUUGAUAGAUCCCGAACUUUUGAUUCUUGUUUGGGAAGCUAUGUUUGUUGAUGGUUUUUCUAGGGUAGGACUAGGUCUAGGAGGUGCGCUUCGGCUUUGCAAGCACCAUCUUAUUGGUGAAGACGAUCAAGCUGUGGAUCCACUUUCUGGUGGUUGUGCCUUAUGUUUAUUGUUCUUAAGGAUCCUCUUAGCCAAAAUAAACAUGUGUGGCUCAUUUACUGGCAUAUGUUGCUUUGUGGAUGACAUAGUUGAUUUUCCCCUUUAUGUUGAGGCAAUACGGUUUGCUUUUCAUGAAGAGGGCAUGAUUCGUACUGCAGUUCGUGCUUUGACGUUAAAUGUUUAUCAUGUUGGAGAUGAUUGUGUUAAUAAAUAUAUAGCCAACGCCCCUCAGACGGAUUAUUUUUUGAACUUGCUCAAAUUUUUCCGAGAGCAUUGCAUCGGCCUAAAUGAAUUGGUCUCACAGGCUUCCGGGAGCCUCGGCUUCGAAUCAACCUCUUCCAUUCUUUCUGCUGUUGAUGAAAUCGAAGACAAUCUUUACUAUUUUAGUGAUGUUAUUUCUGCUGGGAUUCCUGAUAUUGGGCGAUUAAUAACAGACAACAUAUUGAAGCUUUUGGUAUUUCCAUUGCUUCUUCCAUCGCUGAGUAUAGGAGUUGUUAAUGAAACAAAAAUCAGUGCUGUCACUUCUCUGUAUUUACUAUGUUGUAUCCUGCGCAUUGUUAAAAUCAAAGACCUGGCAACUAGUGUUGCUGCUGCCUUUUUCUGCCCCCUAGAAACCUUUAUGCCAAGUGCUGAGGCAAAACAAAAUGGCUAUAUGUCUAGCUGUGGGCCCGCUCUUGAUAGCCAAAAGGAUGACAACAGUAACCUUAGUUUUGAGUGUGAUUCUGAAAGGUUACAAGCCUCCAUUCCAAACUUAUCUAGUUCUUCACAAACUCAAUCAGGCAAGGAUGUCUUGUGGCAUGAUUCCAAUGGUUCUCAUUUGGACUUAAGGUGA